AUGGACGGCGAGUGGCUGCUGCGCUUUGACGGUGCCUGCCGGGCAAACCCUGGGCCUGGCGGCGCCGGCACUGCGCUAUUCAAGCCCAGCGGCCCCGUAGUAUGGACGUGUUCCAACUACAUGCCGAGCAGCGGCGAAACCAACAACACGGCCGAGUACACCGCGCUGCUGCUCAGCACACGGGCUGCCGCCGACCACGGUGUCACGCGCCUGCGGAUCGAGGGUGACAGCACUCUUGUCAUCCAGCAGGUGCGUGGCAUCUUCGCCACACGCGACAAGCGCCUGAGGCAACUGCGCAUUGCGGUCAAGGCGGAGCUGGCGCGGAUGGAGCAGGCCACGCUCCAUCCCAUCGACAGGCAGGCAAAUGUUUAUGCCGACCGCCUCGCCAAUGCCGCUCUUGACCACCGCACGACCACGUUGGAGUGUGGGGUGCAUACCGAUGGACAUGGAUGCACCUCCACCUCCACGACGGCCCCUGCACCCGCAGCUGCACCUCCGCCUGCCACACCGCAUGUCGCGGUGGGCACUGAAGAUCCCCCGAGCCCCGCAGAUGCUGAAGACAUGGGGGACAUCGAUGAUGGCGAGGUGUAUGCAGCGAUGAGUGUAGGGCCUGAUGCAGUGCCUCAGCGCCGGUCGCGACUGCGCCUACGGCAGCUGGACGAAGACGAGGAAGAGGCUGCGGGCAAGUUGGUGGAGCGGCUAGCAGCGAGGCUAGCUGCCAAGAUAACGGACGCUGCUGACUGGGAGGAGGCGGAGGGCUACAUCACAGCCCUCCCGUAUGCGCUGUACGAUCAACUGCAGCCUUACUCCCAGACACAACACCCCGCCCAACCUCACUCCCAGCGCCCGCAGCUGCACCAUCCAGACGUGCGUCCUGACAGGCGACCAAAGCCACACCAAGGUCCGGCGCAGGCCGUGACUCCAGACGGUCAGCGCCAAGGUGGCAGCCGUUCACGUCGUCGCCGUGGUCACUCCGGUGGUGGCAUGGGGCGCCGGCGCACACGUCCGCCCCGUGUGACACGUCAUCACCGUGAGCACCGGCUUGACGAGGCUCUGGACGCCACGCAUGCUGUACAGCGUAGCGAGCCGGGCAACCGCAAGGUUGUGGCCAAGGCACGUCGUCGUGUGGGGAGGAUCACCUCCUCCAUUUCGCAGCAACGCCUGCGCCACCUCUUCGAGACUUCGGAGAAGGUGUGUGUUGAGAGCAUCCUGGCGACGGCUCGGUCCAAGCGCGAGGCAGAUGAGGCUGCGGCUACGCCAGCCAGCACCUCUGCGCCUCCGCCGGACUGUGUGGACGUGGAGGAAGGCACCUGCCCCAUUCCAGGGGAGAGCCUGCACCGGUUCUUUACCGAGAUGAACACCCUGGUGGGUGCCUUCGACCCUAUGGCGCCAGUUGGAGCCUCGUUCCGCGCGGCCAUGGACCGCUUGCCUCAAGCGGCAGUUGACAUGGCGCUGCUCACGGAUGAGCCAUCUUCGCAUGAGAUCGAGGACCAAGCGCAGCGUGCGCGUGGCAGUUCCAGCCCUGGCUUGGACGGUGUCGGCUAUGACAUCUUCAAGAUGUUUACGGCCCAGCUUCUGCCCGCCCCGCAUGCAGCGUUCGCGCGCUGCUGGCGGUCCAAGCGUGUGCCGCAGAGCUGGAAGGUUGGCGUGGUGCGCCUGCUGCACAAGAAGGGCGAUCGGUCCGACCCAUCCAAUUGGCGGCCGAUCUGCUUGCAGCAGGCCAUCUACAAGUUGUACGCCGGCGUCUUGUCGCGUCGCUUUACGCGCUGGCUCGACGUCAACGGUCGACAUGCCCACGCGCAGAAGGGCUUUCGAGCCAUGAACGGCUGCGGGGAACACAACUUCCUCGCAGCCAUGCUCGUCGACCAAGCCCGCCGCAAGCAUCAAGAGUUGCAUGUCGUGUGGUACGACUUUGCCAACGCUUUUGGUAGCGUGCCACACGACUUGCUAUGGGAAGCGCUACAACGGCAGGGUGUUCCGCCCGAGUUUGUCGCUUGUUGCCGUGGUCUCUACGCAGACGCAGCGUUUACAAUUGGUAACGCUGUGGAUGGGACCACGGCACCGAUCGCGUUGAAGGUGGGGGUGUUUUAA